UUGAGCUCACUCUGUCGUUGGCGUUCGCGUUGACUGGCCAGAGUCCGCGAGCUGAACUCCCUCUCUUCUUCGUUUGAUCCUCUUCCUCCCUCUUCUUUUUCUCUCUCUCCCAUCUCUGUAGCUGCUCAUCCAUUCAUUUCUGUCCUGCCCUCGGGACCUGACAGUUUGAAGCCCACCAGCCCCUGGUUCCUCUCCCCACUUCCUGGUCUGUUCGUGACUUCUGAUUGGCCAUGGCGUACCAUAGCUUCCUGCUGGAACCAAUUAGCUGCCAUGCCUGGAACAAAGAUCGCUCGCAGAUCGCCCUGUGCCCCAACAACCACGAGGUCCACAUCUUCAAGAAAGAUGGGGCCAAGUGGAACAAGAUCCACGAGCUGAAGGAGCACAAUGGGCAGGUGACAGGUAUCGACUGGGCUCCCGACAGCAACCGCAUCGUUACCUGCGGAGCAGAUCGUAACGCCUACGUGUGGACCCUCAAAGAGGGAACAUGGAAGCCCACCCUGGUCAUCCUCAGGAUCAAUCGCGCCGCCCGCUGUGUGAAAUGGUCUCCGAAAGAGAACAAGUUUGCCGUUGGCAGCGGCUCACGUCUCAUCUCCAUCUGCUACUUUGAGCAGGAAAAUGACUGGUGGGUGUGUAAGCACAUCAAGAAGCCGAUCCGCUCUACCAUCUUGAGUUUGGACUGGCACCCCAACAACGUCCUGCUGGCUGCUGGGUCCUGUGAUUUCAAAUGCAGGGUGUUCUCAGCCUACAUUAAGGAGGUGGAGGAGAAGCCCGGCCCCACUCCCUGGGGCAGCAAGAUGCCGUUUGGGGAGGUGCUGUUCGAGUCCGGAACAACUCAGAGCUCAGGAGGAGGCGGUGGUUGGGUGCACAGCGUAUGCUUCUCGCACUCAGGAAACCGCCUGGCCUGGACCUCCCACGACUCUACCAUGUGUGUUGCAGAGGGAGGCAAGACCGGCACGGUGAACAGUCUGACCUCCGAGACGCUUCCUCUGCUGUGCGUCACCUUCAUCACUGAGAACAGCUUAGUAGCAGCUGGCCAUGACUGUUACCCGGUGCUGUUUGUAUAUGACGGUGCCAAAGGCAGCUUGACAUUUGGUGGCAAGCUGGAUGUUCCUAAGCAGGCAGCCCAGAAGGGCAUCAGUGCCAGGGAGCGUUUCCAGAACCUGGACCGCCGAGCCUCCGAAACCCAGAGCACUGAGAAGGACCUGAACACUCUCCAUAAGAACAGCAUCAGCCAAAUCUCUGUGCUGGAAGGAGGUAGAAACCAGUGCACCAAGUUCUGCACCACCGGCAUGGACGGAGGAAUGGGCAUCUGGGAUGUCAAGAGUCUGGAGUCUGCUAUGAAGAACCUGAAGAUAGUCUGAACUGAAGUUUACAUUUAUCUGCCCAAAGUAUAGUCACUUCAGGAUAUAUGAAGAAAACUGCUGCCUUAUUACACAACAAAGCUUCUCGGCCAUAUGUUAAUCAGGUAUUUUUUAUUUUUUUUUUAUAUGUUAAACGAUCAGACUUCAGGUCAAAUGGUGUUUGUAAACCCUCUGGGGCUCUCGGCCUGGAGGUUGUUAAAUUCAUCGCUGUAUACCGUGAGACUGAGAACAGGCCUGCAAAUGGUACUUGAUGAGUUAGAUUAGUCCAGAGAUCUCGGUUUGAGAGGAACGCUUGCAGCAGGUAUUUUAUAUUAAUCACGAUGAAAGGAGGCUGUUCUGGUUAAAAGCUUAUGCUGGUCAUAAUAUGCACUUAAUAAAUGGUUGCUAUUUCAGUA